GUCCGAGUUGCAGAAAGUUCGCAUGAUGCAAAUCGAAGAGGAAAAGAAGAGGCGCGACGCCAAACGCACCUACGCCCAGUGGUACCAGACGAAGGAACAGGAGCGAAAAAGCAAAAGCAACAAGGAUGAGGGGAAGAGCGAGAGGUUGGCCGAGAUGAAGAAAGAGGCCGGCGAGCGACGCAAGAAGCUGGGCUACAAUCUGGAGUGGCGUGAGUGGUGCCGCCUCAAGAAACAGCAGAGCCUUCCCAAAAGAUUCACCUACCAUGAGUACCCUGAGCCGACGUGGACUAAUCCUGACCCUUGGGUCGACUAACAGAAGUAAUAAAUUUCCUGCAGGGAAUUGUUCAGUCUGAAAGUAAUUUUAUUUUA